CGUGGAUCCCGAGAAAGAGGCGCAGGACUAGAAGGCAGAAGCCGACCGGCGCGUAGAGCAGCAGCGCGAGGAGCAGGAAGCCGUCACCCGGGAGCCUGCAGGGCAGAGGUGGUGAUCAGGCACGGAAGGCGGAGAGGAUGCCAGCUCGCCUCUUCCCUCCGGCGCUCUUACCGGUGCGCGUCAAAGAGCCGCUCCGGCCCGGGCGCCGGGGAAGGCUCCAUCGCAGCUGUUUCAGGCGCGCCCGGCCGCCGCUGCCGCCAUCUUCGCGCCGGCCGCGGGGGCUCCUGGGAAGGCUUAGGCUCUGGGCAUCCGCCAAAGUGCCGUGACCCGCAGUCCGGAGGCGCCCCGGAAGGGCUAGCGGACCCAGCAUGCCCUGCGGCCCGGGGCGCCUGACUACUUGCGUCCGGCGGAGACCACAGUUCCCAGCAUUCGCGGGCCGGGGCGGGGCUGGUUCCCGGGAAUCCUGGGUCCCGGCGUGCACUUCUGGAGGACUUAAGGUUCCGGCGUGCCCAAGGUCCGGCUGUCUGCCUGCUCGGAUCCUGGGCACCGCCUCCGAGUUGGGCGGGCGAGUAGGCAGCCAAGGUGGAGCUGAUGGCUGCACUGAGGGCGGGGCGGGGUGCAGGUUGGAUCCUCCGGGGCUGGCGGGCUUUGGGUGGCGUUCUCAGCGGGAAGGGACCCCUGUUGACCCCUGACCUUCGGGCCCUCCUGACGUCAGCAACACCUUACCCCUGGGUCCGGGAGACUUACGGGACCUCCUGUCUCCCGGCCCGGUUGUCUCUGGGAAUUCCUGAACCUCGCGCAUGUUUGACGUCUUGGACACGGGCGCGACUGUCUGCGGAGACCCCUGAUCCCCAGAUCCAGGAGGCCUCGAGGACCCCGGGAUCCCGUUCGCACUCGUGGCUGGCGGUGGCGCUCGGCGCUGGGGGCGCCGUGCUGCUGUUGUGGGGCUGGAGUCGGAGCCCUCCAGCCGUCUUCGCCGCUGUUCCUGCUCCACCAGCCACCUCCCCCCGGAGCCAGUACAAUUUCAUUGCCGAUGUUGUGGAGAAGACUGCACCCGCCGUGGUGUAUAUCGAGAUCCUGGACCGGCACCCUUUUUCGGGCCGGGAAGUCCCUAUCUCAAAUGGCUCAGGAUUCGUGGUGGCUGCCGAUGGGCUCAUCGUUACCAACGCCCAUGUGGUGGCUGAUCGGCGCCGCGUUCGUGUGAGGCUGCCUAGCGGUGACACUUAUGAGGCCACGGUUACAGCUGUGGAUCCGGUGGCAGAUAUUGCCACGCUGAGGAUUCAAACCAAGGAGCCUCUGCCCACGCUGCCUCUGGGACGCUCUGCUGAUGUCCGGCAAGGCGAGUUUGUUGUGGCCAUGGGAAGUCCCUUUGCACUGCAGAACACGAUCACAUCUGGCAUUGUCAGCUCUGCUCAGCGUCCAGCCAGAGACCUGGGACUUCCCCAAACCAAUGUGGAAUACAUUCAGACUGAUGCAGCUAUUGAUUUUGGAAACUCUGGAGGCCCUCUGGUUAACCUGGAUGGGGAGGUGAUUGGAGUGAACACUAUGAAGGUCACUGCUGGAAUCUCCUUUGCCAUUCCCUCCGAUCGACUUAGAGAGUUUCUGCGACGUGGGGAAAAGAAAAAUUCCUGGUUUGGAAUUAGCGGAUCCCAGCGCCGUUACAUUGGGGUGAUGAUGCUGACACUUACUCCCAGCAUCCUUGCUGAGCUACAGCUUCGAGAACCAAGCUUUCCUGAUGUUCAGCAUGGUGUACUCAUCCAUAAGGUCAUCCUGGGCUCCCCUGCACACAGGGCUGGUCUACGGCCUGGUGAUGUGAUCUUGGCCAUUGGGGAGCAGCUGGUACAGAAUGCUGAAGACGUUUAUGAAGCUGUUCGAACCCAGUCACAGCUGGCAGUGCGAAUCCGGCGGGGACCAGAAACCCUGACUUUAUAUGUGACCCCUGAGAUCACAGAAUGACUGUAUUAGCAAGAGUAUGAUGCUCCUGCUCUGAUUUCAUUCUUGCCUUCCUAGUGUAGGUUCUGAGGGUACCUGGGCAGGGAAGUCAGUGAACCAGUGGGGGGCGGGUCCCUCCAACCAAUCCCUGGGCCCUGAACAAUCUCAAAAACACUUUUUAUAUAAAAUAAAAUUACACCUAGCAACAUCUUAUAGUCAAACAUGGGGGAAGGGGGCUGGAUCUUUUCCCCCACCAAAACACAAGAGAUAAAGCUGUAUCUCCCCUGACCUGAAAGGAUGUAAUAGGAGCUGACCAUCCUGACCUCACAGUCAAGAAAGUGAGCAGCUGCCAUCUGGUGUCUGGGAAUUUAGUCAGCUGCUGC